UCCACUAGGUGGCAGCACCUAAAAUUAAAUUGGUUCCCUUUUUUACUGGGAACGCUGGGGAUUUAGAGUACCAGUUUACCGAAGUAUCCAAGAUGGAUGUAUUCUUAAUGAUUAGAAGGAAAAAGACAACCAUCUUUACAGAUGCCAAGGAGUCCACCCCCGUUAGUGAUGUCAAAAAAAUUGUGGAGGGUAUCCUAAAGAUUAGACCUGAAGAUCAAAAGUUGUUCAAAGAUGAUCAGCCUUUAGAUGACAACAAAACACUAGGAGAUUAUGGAUUUACAUUUGCUACAGCCAGAGCACAGGCACCUGCCACCAUAGGACUGGCUUGUAAACAAGAUGAUGGUGAAUUUGAGCAGUUAGAGAUCACCCCCCUAUCCAGUCCCCCAGAACUACCCGAUGUGAUGAAGCAACAAGACUCCACAUCAGCACACGCACAAGAACAAACGGCGUCUUAAUCUUAUCUGUAGUUAACUUAUUUCUUCUUCAAGUGGUUCAUAGUUUAUAUAAAUGUUCAGACUGAAGCCAAUGGUACAAUUUGUUCUAUCCUUGUGAACAGUGUCCUGCAUAUUGUGUCUAUUCAAGCUUUAAGAAAUAGUUUUGUUCCAUUUGCUAUUCAAUAUGAGCAGCAUUGCAUUAUAUAAUGGAAGCAUUUACUCAAUAAAGUAGGGGAUCAUUUUUGCUGGAAUUAGAUAACAGUUUGUACCAUCUUCAAUUACCCCGUGCUGUGUUACAUAACAAAAAUAAUACUAUGUACAACUUAUUUCCAGUUUGAAAAAUUGUUUCAGUGUUAAGGAAGUUACAUUCUUGUUUUUAAAUAAUUAAAGAAAAAUGUCUCAGA